AUGGAUAAAGGUAAUGUGUUAGAGUCGCUGGAGAGUAAUAUUCGGUUGUUGGAGAAAGAAGUCGAGAAGGUAGGCACUAGGAGGGACGAUGAAGCCCUGAGAUGUAAAGUACGAGAGUUGAUCGGAGAGACAACACAGACUGUUGAGCGGAGUCGGGAUGGAUUUCUAGGGGCCGGGAAGAGGGACAAGGAUUUCAAGUUUCUAGAGAGUGAACUGCGGCGGCUAUCCGCGGUGUUUCGUGUGCGAGAGGGUCAGAACCCCUUGAAGAUAAAUACAGAGACAGCUGUGGCCUCAACUACCAUGAACAGCAGCAAGAACUUGGAGAAUCAAGUGGCACUUGCAGAUGAGACUACCGAGAGAACGCCGUUGUUGCAUACAAAUACGCAACAGCAGCAUAUGCAUUUACAAGACCAGAUGGAACAAGGACUAAUCAAUGACGAUGAGCUUGAUUUCCAUACGAUUGUGCAGGAGGACCGGUCUCGGCAGAUAUCUCGCAUACACUCAUCGGUACAAGAGGUCAACGCAAUCUUUAAGCAACUCGGAACACUCGUUCGAGAACAAGGGACCCAAGUGGACACAGUGGAUGAAAAUAUCGCAAAUUUCGACAAUAAUAUGCACAGGGCAAACGAGCAAUUGAAUCGAGCCGAUGAGCAUCAACGUCAAAGAAAUAGGUGCGGACUAAUGACACUGAUAAUCAUCAUCGUGGUUGUAAUAAUAAUACUGGGUGCUUCAAGCUAA